UUCCACCCUGGGGUGCACUGGCGUUCACGGAAUGAUGACGUGCAGGGUGCCUCUUGCUUGCGAAUCCCCACAACUACUCUCGCUAUGACGUUCCGCUCUCUUUCGUUGGGGUAGAUUCUCGUUUCUGCACAUUUUCUAGUGUUUCGUUUACCUGUCUUCGAAUCUCCGGUACGCACUUCCGAACAAGAUGAUAGAUGCGCUGCCGGCACCUGUUGCGCCUUGCUUCUUCAUUCAGUCGCGUCCCCGGCAUGCAUGCAGCCAUCCAGAUUCCAGAUAUAUCACAGCCCUACGAGACAUGCACUUUACAUUGAACACACACCCCAGCGUUAUUUCAGUCUGCCCACCUGAACACACAGUACAAGAUCAGACCACCUUAGUCGCGAACGUGAAACAAAAAUACACGUGUGCAAUUUAUUCCCCCGUGCCCCGUGGGGUAUCGCCCACUUCAAGGCAACGCGAUCCGCAGGAGCAACCGCGCCCACGCGUCGGCCGGUCCGCGACCUCUCCGAAUCGGUUGCGAAGUCAACCUUGCCCUAUGCUGCUAUUCUUGCUUCUGUGCAACUCGCAGCGGGGGACGAACACAUGCGACGCUCGCGCCUCGCGCACGGCGCCCGCCGCUAGGUGCUCAAAUCUAAGAACGAGUACGGUGCCCCCCUCCUCAGGGUCCACCUAGGAGAGGCUAAUUGUGCGUAUAUGCCAAACGCAAAGCUUUAUCUAAAACAACACGAUCUGAUUCACCUUUGAAUAUCUCGUCGACCUUAUUCCGUGGCGCCGUUCUGAGUGUCGUGUACAACCCCAAGCACAACGUCAAGACUCAAAUCCGCCAUAGGAGACUCCGAGCGCUUGACUCAUCCCACACGACAUCCGGCCAUAGACCCACC